AUGGGGGAAGAAACUGCUCCGUCGGAGCAUGCUUCCGAACCCUGGGAGGUGGCGCUGGAUCCGGUGGCAGAGGGAGAAGAAAAGGACUCGCCCGUCUCCAUUCCCUUCACCAGAUCCAGCUGCGAGCCCCAUGACCGCAAUCGUCACGCUGCCUCGGCAGACGUGGGACCAGAGCCGCGGGGAGUGCUGGCGAGGGCUUCCUCCUCAAAGAGAGCCCUCCGGGAGCGAAGCGUCCGCAUUGAGAGGCGCUCACAAUAUGAUCACUCGCGCGUGCGGCUGCAGAAUCUGGACGGCGAGCAGAACUCUGAUUACAUUAAUGCUAAUUACGUUGAUGGCUAUCACAGGCCGAAUCACUACAUCGCUACACAAGGACCGAUGCAGGAGACCGUCAUCGACUUCUGGAGGAUGGUGUGGCAGGAGAACACGGCAACCAUCGUCAUGGUGACCAACCUGGUGGAAGUUGGCAGGGUGAAGUGCUGUAAGUACUGGCCGGACGACACCGAGAUCUACAGAGACAUCAAGGUGACGCUGAUCGAGACGCAGCUUCUGUCCGAGUACGUCAUCAGAACGUUUGCGGUGGAGAAGCGAGGAGCUCAUGAGAUCCGUGAGAUCAGUCAGUUUCACUUCACCGGCUGGCCGGAUCACGGCGUUCCGUAUCACGCCACGGGUCUGCUGGGAUUCGUGCGCCGGGUCAAAGCCAAAUCCCCCCCCAACGCCGGACCCAUCGCGGUCCACUGCAGCGCGGGGGCGGGGCGAACAGGCUGCUUCAUCGUGAUUGACAUCAUGCUGGACAUGGCGGAGCGGGAAGGAGUCGUCGACAUCUAUAACUGUGUGAGAGAGCUGCGGUCGCGCAGAGUCAACAUGGUGCAGACCGAGCCUCCGCUCACUCAAGCCAUUGAUGAUGAUGACUAUCUCGCGCUCUUCGUCUCUUUCUUUCAGAGCUACAAGCAGCCGUCUGCGUUCAUCGUUACCCAGCAUCCUUUGCCAAACACAGUCAAGGACUUCUGGCGGCUGGUUCUGGACUAUCACUGCUCGUCUGUCGUGAUGCUGAACGACGUGGAUCCGGCUCAGCUGUGUCCGCAGUACUGGCCAGAGAACGGCGUUCAUCGUCACGGGCCGCUGCAGGUGGAGUUUGUGUCGGCUGAUCUGGAGGAGGACAUCAUCAGCAGGAUCUUCCGCAUCUACAACGCCGCGCGGCCGCAGGACGGGUAUCGGAUGGUGCAGCAGUUCCAGUUUCUGGGCUGGCCGAUGUACCGCGACACUCCCGUCUCCAAACGCUCCUUCCUCAAACUCAUCCAUCAGGUGGACAAAUGGCAGGAGGAGUACGACGGAGGAGAGGGACGCACCGUUGUACACUGCCUGAACGGCGGCGGUCGCAGCGGGAUGUUUUGUGCCAUCAGCAUCGUGAGUGAAAUGCUGCGGCAUCAGCGCUCGGUCGACGUGUUUAACGCCGUCAAAACCCUGCGCAACAACAAGCCCAACAUGGUGGAUCUGCUGGAUCAGUACAAGUUCUGCUAUGAAGUGGCGCUGGAGUAUCUGAACUCAGGCUAACGGAACGACCAUCCGUGUGUGUGUGUGUGUGUGUGAGCGAGCGAGCGAGUUUGUGUGUGUGUGUGUGUGU